AUGCCUCUUAAUGGUAAGCCCAACGGGCGAUUUGAACUUCCUGCUCUCACAUCUUUCGACUUCAAUUUGACAGACGGGACGGAUAUCCCGCCGCCACUUCCGGAUUCCCCCAUAGAAGAAGAGAUAAUUAGACCGGCUACACCGGCGCCUGCGCCUGCGGUACUUACGCCUGCAUCUGCUCCUCAGAUCUCUGAUCCCGUUAGAUCAACCUCUACGAGCACACCUCCUGCAUCAGCAUCGGCAAAUAGUCAAUCUGACUUUGCUCACCUUACCGCGACCAAAUCUAAUGGCUUUUCUAACCAUACCACAACGAAUGCUAAUGGCUUUUCCAACCUUACCGCAACGAAAUCUAUUGGCUAUUUCCCAUCUACUGCACCGUCUCCUCGCAAUAAUAUUCCCCCCGUACGCGUGAGAGCACCUUCAGACGCUGCUAUUUCGAACAGUCCCACGCGACCCGAAAAAGAAAGCAGUAUCCGCAAAUUCCUGUCUCGAAAAUCACUCAACACAAAUUACACAAAUGGGAAUGCGAAAUCGCAUGAGGAUUUGACGAAGAUGGGCAGGCCGGAGAGCCCGAAUAGCCUCGCGAGCAGCAGACCUAGUUUUGUAAAGCGGAAGAGCGGAAGUUGGUUUAGGAGUUUUGGAAGUAGCAGUAAGAGGAACAGUGUGUUGUAUGAGGAUAAGCCGGUGGUGUAUACUCCUACUCUACAGCAGAGUCCGGAGAUUCAAAAGGAGAAUACCAAACCGGUGUAUACGAAGCCAGGUCCACCGCCGCCAAAAUUACCCGAGCUCAAUCAGCUGAAGGCGAAGAUUGCGGAUGAUGAUCGUGGUAGUUUGGGUGGUGAUGAGAUGUUUAGAAAUAUCUCGUAG